AUGAGUGAUGUCUGGACUCCAGACUCUGAGGACACACCUAAUGAUAACACAAUGAUAUCACACGAAGCCAUCGAUAAACACAUAAUCAAUGACUCAAUUGAUCCGAGACUUGCGGAUCAGUUGGCAGACAAAGAGCUGUUUUUGAACAAUCAGCAAAAAUUCAAAUUAGCCACCGUUUCUAUUGUCAGACAUAUUAACAAUUUUAGCGUAUGUUUCAACGAGUUUGAAAUCAAUAAAAUCCGGGAACUGUUGACAGCCGUAAAAUGGAUUAGAGAGCCCACCGGUAAUACCAUUACCGGCGAGUUGGCUGAUCUUGUGCAAUACAAAAUGACCAUGGCUACCAGAUUUGAUAGACUGAUCCAAAAUUUUAUAAAAAUGACAAAACAGUUGAAUCCAUUUAAUAAUCUGUGCGGCAAUGAUAUGAUAGCCCUCAUAAAGUAUGGCUGUAUUGAAAAUCUGUUGAUGCGUUCACUUGAGUACUAUAACCAGAAAGACAGGUAUUGGACGAUAAACACGGGUUGCAACAGUUCGCUUUUGCUAAAAUUAGAUUUUACGGCUAAAUGCGAACCAUUAAUGGGUGACUGUUAUAUCAGAUACUUUGAAAUUAUGUGCCCGGAAUGGGAUUCAGAUGAGCUAAUUAUGGACUUGGAAUGGAUCCUUUCGGAUUGUCCCAAAUGUCGGCUAAAUAAGUGUUUUGAGAUCGGAAUGAAAAAAGAAUGGAUCCUUUCGGACGAAGAGCGGGAAGUGAUGCGACAGAAAGUGGAGGAAAAUCGCCAGAAGCGGCGAAAGACCGAAAUGACCACCAAUUCAUCGACAGAUAAUCAAAGAUAUAAUAAUAAUAGCAAUAAUUUCUAUGAAAAUAUAGAGACAAUUGUCUCGCAAAACACAUACAAUAAUAACAGACUUAACGAAGUAAAUCGCAAUACUGUCAACACAUCCGCCGGUGACUUGUCGUUGGAUUUCAAUAGCAUUUGCGAUGACUUUGAGAUGUUUGAGCCGACCAUCGCUGCGGCCGCCGGAGAGUCGACUAAAUCACUAAAUAUUGACCACAUUUUUGGCGACAAAAGCCUAUUCCCAAACACGAGCCUCGGGUUCAAUAGUCCGGGCGAUCACUCAGUGGUUCCCAUCGGGCGGCCAAUCACUGACCACAACCGGGACUUUAACGAGACUGAGGGCCAGUGUCUGUACGAGUUGUUGAACGCGUUGAUGCUGUUGAAAGACCCGGAGCCACAACACGCCAAAGAGACUGAGGGCCAGUGUCUGUACGAGUUGUUGAACGCGUUGAUGCUGUUGAAAGACCCGGAGCCACAACACGCCAAAGAGGUGACCAGUUAUUGGGAGUUAUGCGAGUGGAUGGUCAUCAAGUUUGACUCGAUGAUCAGGGACAUUAUCAGACUGUCCAAGAGGUUGGCCGCGUUUCAGACCCUCGACGAACAUGAUAAACAAAUACUGAUCAAGAACAGUUGCGUCGAGAUCAUCUUGAUCCGAUCGGCGGUGGUCUACGAUUACGAGUUAGGCUUUUGGGAUAUAUUUGUGGUA